UCGACCGGAAUCGAUCAACUUUUCCUGGAAUAAAUUUUCUCCGGUGUUUAUCUCUCCUGGGCGGGAAAAGCGAGUUUCGGAAAAACGGGCGUCAUUGCACUGCAGGGUGCGUGGUGGGAUGGACACACCUGAGUGCAGCAUUCAUGGGAAGCGAACCGAUCCACACCAACACCGUCAGCGUGCCUGUCGCAUGGGCGACAUUCGGUGGAAGUACUUGCCUCCUAUUUCUCCUGUGUUACAUCUGUCAGAAGAAACUCCAAGAACAAGAAGCCCAAUCAGAAAACCCAACGCAACAGGUGUACGUUAUCUCUUCCGCACCAAGAGCCAAUCAAAUGGAUGGAAAUUUCCGUCAAGCUCCGCCUGAUUAUGAAAGUGCAGUUUACGUAAAGCGUCUGCAAAUAGAAGAGCCACCUUCCUAUGAGACUGCCAUUGCUAACAAAAGUUUUCCUUCGUAUUGUUUGACUUUGUAAAUACUUUUUUUCUACAAAAUUAACAUGUUUGAUAAAAUAUAUUAUUUAUUUCUGUACUUUAGAAAUUAUUUGAUUUGAUAUAAUUUAGUGAUGCCUCUAUCAUCUUCAGUUCAUUUCUCUAGGGGAAAUAUAU